CGACGGAUCACGAGAACGACCAACUUUUGGAAACCACUAAUCAGCAACAUGAGUUUCAAGAACCUGAACAAGUUUCUCAAGUCGAAGUUAUUGUGCGGAUUCCAUAAUACGACGAGUAAAACCAACGAAACGAAUAAUAAUAACACAAUGCCAGCCAUCAUAAGCGAUAUACUGAACGUGAAAAAUCAAGAUGUCAACAGCAUAAAACAGUCUUACAAUCAUAUUUACAGAAGAAAAACAAAAUGGGAACUGUCGAGGUUAUCGUUCGCAAUGAUGGGCAUCGAAAUUGUAUACGCAAUCUUGACGGCAUUUGUAUCGCCGGUUCUAUUGAUGUACGGAGUUAAACGAGAACACGCCACUUUGGUAUGGGUGAUCGGACCUUUAAUGGGACUGAUCUUUUCACCUAUUCUGGGGUCGUUGAGUGACCGAUGUCGAUUUUCUAUUGGUCGACGAAGACCAUUUAUUAUAUUUUUAGCUACUCUCAACUUGACUGGAUUACUACUGAUUGCCAAUAGUAAUUAUAUUGGUAAACUAUUCGGUGACCGAGAAGCCGACAUAUUUAGUCCGACCAAGAGUUCGUCGUCGUCGUCGUCGUCGUCGUCGUCUGCAGAUGUUACGCAACAAGAUGCCUCUGGUACCAAAAUCAGUCAUUAUAUUUGGACAGUAAUUUUUCUAAUAAUCGGAGCGGUUACUGUGGACUUCAGCAGCGAUACGUUGCAAAAUCCCAGCCGAGCGUACGUUUUGGAUGUAUGUGUAGUUGAGGAUCACGACAAAGGGCUGAACUCGUGUACUAUUUUGGCUGGUUGUGGCGGAUUCAUCGGUUACAUAAUCGGUGCAGUAGAAUGGCACAACACCUUCUUAAACGAAAUAAUUGGCAGCUAUAUGCAAGUGAUGUUUUAUCUAGUCGCCGUGUUAUUUGUCAUUUGCAUCCUGGCUACUAUUACCACAUUCCGGGAAUUACCGUUGAAGAAGUCUCAGUCUAUUGAAUCGUCGACGACGGUGGCCAGCACUGAUAAAGUCGAUUCGAACGCACCGGCAGAGCCAGCAACCAAUACCAAAUUACAAGAUUACUUGAAGUCGAUAAUAUCGAUGCCCUAUUCGUUGAGAAUUCUCUGCAUGACGAAUUUAUUUUGUUGGAUGUCUCACGUGACUUUCUGUUUAUACUUCACUGAUUUUGUUGGACAAGCUGUCUUCGCUGGUAACCCUUCGGCACCUCCAGAUUCAGUCGAGUAUAAAUCUUACGAAGAAGGUAUUCGUUUCGGUUGUUCAGCCUUAUGUGGGUACUCGAUCGCUUGCAUCGCAUAUUCCUUGGUAUCGGAGAAACUCAUAAAAUGUUUGGGAUUGAAAAGCGUAUACAUCGGAACGAUAUGUUUAAAUUCAUUAUGUUUAAUAUUGAUGGCAGCGGUUAAGUCUAAAUUAGUCGUCAUAAUAUUGAGCGCCAUCAGCGGUAUAAUAUAUUGUACCAUAGUUACCAUACCAUAUAUGUUGAUCGCUCAUUACCACGUCAAGAAAACCUUUCACGUUGACAAAAAUGGAAAACAACUUUCUACAACGCAAGUACGCGGCUUAGGCACUGACCUAGCCAUUGUUGGGGCCUGCUUGUGCGUCGCUCAAUUGAUCAUAUCGUUUUCGAUGGGUAAAAUGAUGUCGUUAUUUGGAGUAACAUUCGCGGUAAUCGGCACCUCGGCGUUUUUCGCGUGUUUAGCCGCAAUGACGGCAUUUCACGUUGUCUAUUUGGAUCUAUGAAGUAAUCAGACAGCUUGGCUCUCAGCGUUAGUCUUCUCCGGAACGCAGCAGGCGUUCGCGAGUGCUGAUAAAUCACAUGAUUUCGCGAUAACGAUUUUAAAACGUUGAAAUCACACGAGAUUACAGUAUAUAUGGGUUAUCACUAUCGUUGGAGUUGAAUGUAACCCAGUUAUGAAAAAGCAAUUUUAAGACAGGAAGUUGAAACAAAAAAAAAAAAAAAAAAAAGGAAAAAAAAUGAUCUAGGAAGAAUAGAUGGUGUGAAAAUACUGCCCAGAUUUCGAAAAUUGAGAUUAUUUUAUUAAAACAUCCAUCCAGAUGCUUUUGUGUCUCUUCCCCUCCCACCACAUGACUUCACAAUUCACAGAUUCAAAAAUAGCACCAAUUAGGUACAUACGUUAUCGUAUUAGUAAAUGUACCAACACGUGAUUUUUACUUAUCUUUCUCUCGAAAAAGUGAUAAAUUCUGCUCGAACUGUGUAAACAGUAAGUAUGUAAUUAGUUUUCCAAAGUUGAAUAAAAAGAAAUUAUACUAGCUUUAAAAUUGAUAAAAGAUCUCUUUUGUAUCAUAUAGAUAACUAAUGUUGUACAUAUUACAUAUCACACGUACGAAUGUAUCUAUAUAGUAUUGUACCAAGUUUCAUUAUUCCCACACGUUUACUUACUCGCUGUUUCUCUCAUUAUGACGUAAAUGGUAGAUUAAAAUUAAUGCAUGUACGUUCUUAUAUUGCAUUAAUUCAUCUUGUUUAACGUAAUUACUGCUUUUAUAAGACUGAUUUGCAAAAAUGUAAAAAAAUGUGUAUAAAUAAUCCUAAAAUACCUCAGCUACGUGUAUGUACAGUGUAAUUAAACGUUUUUUACUCUA